AGCAGUCUGAGACCUAUCUACGGGUACAAGCACCAUUUGGCUCCCACUCUCGGCUGUCUGCGCCGUAAAAUUCUCAAGAAUCUUCACGUAUUUGUCUGACAUAUAAGAAAUAAACAUGAUGAACGGAGAGAUGAACGGUUACCACAACUCACUGAUUGACGAAGACUGCUUCCUUUUUACCUCAGAAUCCGUUGGUGAAGGACACCCAGAUAAGAUUUGUGACCAAAUAAGUGAUGCCGUGCUGGACGCUCAUCUCAAGCAGGAUCCGGAUGCCAAAGUCGCCUGUGAAACGGUUGCUAAGACAGGGAUGAUCCUUCUGGCUGGAGAGGUAACAUCACGUGCCACUGUGGACUAUCAGAAGGUAGUGCGUGACACCAUCAAACACAUCGGCUAUGAUGACUCCACUAAAGGCUUUGACUAUAAGACCUGUAAUGUGCUGGUGGCUCUGGAGCAGCAGUCUCCAGACAUCGCCCAGGGUGUGCACCUGGACAGGAAUGAGGAGGAUGUAGGUGCUGGAGACCAGGGUCUGAUGUUCGGCUAUGCCACCGAUGAGACAGAGGAGUGUAUGCCCCUCACCAUUGUCCUCGCCCACAAACUCAAUGCCAAGAUGGCAGAGCUGCGUCGUAAUGGUGUACUGCCCUGGCUCAGGCCUGACUCUAAGACCCAGGUGACAGUCCAGUACCGGCAGGACCGUGGAGCCAUGCUGCCCAUUCGGGUCCACACCAUCGUCAUCUCCGUACAGCAUGAUGAGGACAUCUGCCUGGAUGAGAUGAGAGAUGCCCUGAAGGAAAAGGUCAUCAAGGCCGUGGUCCCCUCCGUCUACCUCGACGACGACACCAUCUACCACCUCCAGCCGAGUGGACGCUUCGUGAUCGGUGGACCCCAGGGUGAUGCAGGGUUGACAGGCCGUAAGAUUAUUGUCGACACCUACGGGGGCUGGGGGGCACAUGGCGGUGGAGCGUUCUCCGGCAAAGAUUACACCAAAGUUGACCGAUCUGCCGCCUAUUCCGCCCGCUGGGUCGCCAAGUCUCUGGUCAAAGCUGGACUCUGCAAGAGGGUUCUGGUCCAGGUGUCAUACGCCAUUGGAGUAGCCCAUCCCCUCUCCAUCUCCAUCUUUCACUAUGGAACCUCCCAGAAGACUGAGAAAGAGCUGCUGGACAUUGUCAGGAAGAACUUUGACCUUCGGCCCGGUGUCAUCGUCAGGGAGCUGGACCUGAAGAAACCUAUUUAUCAGAAGACGGCUGCAUACGGCCACUUUGGCCGCGACUCAUUCCCGUGGGAGCUGCCCAAAAAGCUCAAAUACUAAACCCUGUCAAGCUCUUUCCUUCCCCAGGCCUGUAGGUGUAUACUACAGAGAAACCUUCAUGGUCCACAGGGAGGAAAGGCAUAGGAAACAUUCUGAAACCUAAAUUACCCCCCACACGCCUACCCUAACCCCCCCCCCCCCAGUCAUUUACUGAAAACAUCAACAACCUGACCUUACAUUUUCAUAUAUGUCUGCUAAAACUUCCCUUUUCUCACAACUAAACUGUCAGGAGGUCUACUCACAGCGUCCUAGUGCCCGUCAGGUAAGGGAAACAAACUUACCAAACGACUCCAGUGUCUCUGGUGCUAUAUUCAUUGAUUAGAUGUAGGCUCAGGGCCAAAUACUUUGAAGUGUCUGCCCAUUAAAUGUGAUGGCGGCAUAUCUUAUCCAGAUGAUUUUACAACCUGUUCAAAAGGCAUCAGUGACAGUGGUCAGAGAAUGAAUAAUGUAGGAUUAGAAUAGAUUAACAUGCUGCUCUUUGGAGGGCAGUGGCUUUGUCACUGAUGUGUUUAACUAGCACAAAGAGAUUUGAAAACCAACGGUAGAAAACCUGAACACAAAUCAGCGGAGAGUUCAGCCCUGCCUGGAGGACUGAGAGGUGCUCUUCCAGACCUCCGUAUUCCUAAUUUAUUCAGGCUUUUAGUCAGUAGAGUAGAUCCAAGAGAAGCCCAGGCUUCUGAGGGCAGCUUUUUUCCUUGGGAGAAACAGUUCUGUUUUUUAAAUGUUCUCAUGAUUACUUGAAGGUCUGUAUUUUUUCAGCAGGCUCCUCAGUGGUUCCAAAGUGUCCUACAGAAAAGCUUUGGGUUGCAGCCACAGGGCAGCCGCUGGCCAGUGGAAGAGGGUAUGCAGUGCUGCUGUAUUGGGUAUGCAGUAUGGCUGUAAUGGCUUGAGAUUGCAUUGAUGGUGCUCAUUCCCUCUCUUCCUUCUCUCUAUCUCUCUCUUUCUCUCUAUAUCUCUCUUUCUGUUCCUUUGCAUAGAGAGACUGCAAAGUUUGACUGGUGUUGUACAGAGAAACCAGCCUUGUUUACAUGCAGUCUCUCCAGUCUCUUCUUGGGUUUCUUUUUUACCAUUAAAAACAUUGCUGCUGCUGUGAAAGUGCCUUUUCUCAUUUCUCAGCUUCUCUGUCUCCUGCGUGUCUCUGGAAUAAUGCAGUCUUUUUAAGAGGCCAGUCUCUUCAGAAGCCCCCCAAAGUUAUGGAAACAAAAGCACCUUCACUCUCUCAAACAUUGGUACUUUCCAUAAAAGUGUUAUAGCAUGGCUCACACCAGGCUGGCAAAUGAGCUGUGCAUUUUUAAACAUUUGAUGCUUGUCUCCAGUAUGGUCUGCACCCUGUAGUCUAACGAGAUGAUUUUACCACAGAAUUGCCUGUGCAGACUACGUGCGUUUGCUCAUGUAACCGUGUCCUGAUUGGUCAGUAAUGAAAUCGUCUGAGAGCUUCAUCUGAAUUCACCAAUGGAUGCAUUGUUUUUAAAAUCCAUUUUCAUAGGCCAAGUAUGUUUUUUCUGUUUUUUUACAUGCAGCUCAGUAGUUUUGAAUCGUUUACCAGAUUAACUUUCAUGUGAUCUGGAACUUUCUUAAAUCAUAUUUAUUUAUUUAUGAAAGUAAAUGCACCAGCCAGAAGUAUAUGACCUAAAACCACUCAAAUUCCCACUCUUGAGUUUUAAAUAAAUAAAGUACUAUAAAUGUUUGCUGACAAUUCAUAUUGGUGUGUUCGUGGUAAUGGUGACUGUAAUUUUUUUUUUUAUUCUGCAUUCUUUAAUUGCUCAUCCAUAAUAAUGUACCAUUUGACGUAUUUUGCUGUCAGACCUGAUUCCCCUCCCCAGAAGCAGGUGCGAGAAGACCUAAUCAACCCACAGUCACUUCUCUGAUCAUCUCUCCGGUGACUGAAUGUGAUAAAUAACUGUUGUUUUUAAACACACUCAUAACGGCCAUAAGACAGGCAUGUGAAUUCGUCUUUAAAAUAACACGUUUUAAGGCAUGUCAUAGUUUCUUUAACUUGGCGUUUGCAGACUGUAGUGCAUGUUUCUGUGUUAUGUUCGUAUUUUCUUUGAUUUGGUGUUGACGAAUAGGGUUUUUGUUUCUUCCGAAAAAGUUAUCCACUCUGGUAACAUUGGUGAUUGGUCUUGUAGUAAUGUUUUGGUUGUUUUAUGUAUCAAUUUAAGAUUAUUAUUUGCAGUAGUGGGUUGGUGUUGCAUUCGUGAAAAUUACACCAAUAAAACGUUCUAGUUAAA